AUGUCACUAACCAGUAGGGAACUAAACUACUUAAUAUGGAGGUACCUACAAGAGUCGGGGUUUGAGUUGACUGCAUAUUCUUUGAAUGAACAAUCUCAAUGUUCAGAAUACGAGGAAAAUUCCACAACGAAGGAAAUACUUCUGAAAAUAAAACCUGGUUGUCUUGUAAGUUUGGUCCAAAAGGGUCUAUUGUAUACAGUGGCAGAAUCCGAAGCUACUGGAGAGUCGGAUUUCACUCUUUUGGCAGCAUUAAUACAAGACGAUAUAGAGAAAUAUGACGAGACUUCAAAUUCACACAGUAAUAAUAAUUCCUCAAAGAAUAGAUUCAUGUUAAAGUCAGAGGUGGCAUUAACCAAUGGAAAUAAAAAUACAGACGACGAAAACAAUGAUAUUGAAAUGACUGAUGCGGAUGCAGAGACAACAAACACACAACAAUUAAACGAGUCCAAAGAGCAGCCAGAUGUAUGUAAGACAAGGCAGCUUGAGGCACAAAUAACGUUCCCAGCAAGUUUAACAUGUGAUUGGCAUCCUACCAAUGAAGUGUUUGCAUACGGUAAAGAUGAUGGAAACGCAGUAAUAAAUGCCAUAAAAGAUGGAAAGGUAAUAGAGACUAGAACUUUAUCCCAUCCUAAUUUGUUAAAUAUAAAGAAUCAAAUCAAUAUUGUAUCUUGGUCUCCUCUAGGAAAUUUGAUCAUAACAGCAGGAGCAAAUAGUGAAAUACGAGCUUGGUCACCUGACGGGAAAUUGAAAAACAUUGCCAAUAGCACCACAGAAGACAGUAUAGACUUGGGUGAAACUCAAAAGAUUAAGAGCAUAAUAACUUCAUUGUCAUGGAGUCCAAAUGGGAAAUUUUUAUUGUCAAUUGAUAGCAUGAACCAAGUAUCAAUUUGGGAUGGUAUAACAAUAUCAUUGGUUAAACAAAUCAAGAACCUUGAAAUGAGUGAUGAUUCAAUUGCAUGUUCGUGUUGGGUAAGUGAAGAUAAAUUUGCUAUAACUACAAACAAUAAUGUUAUAAAAAUUUUCAGUAUAAUUCCACCAGCUCAGUUUGGUGGUCAACUAGAUAUACAACCAAUUGGAUUAUUGAAUGGUCACGAACAAAACAUUACCAUUAUGAAGUUGAAUCCAACAACGAAAUUAUUAGCAUCAUGUUCAGACUUUGAUUAUGCAAUAAAAGUAUGGAGCAGUUCGUCAUCACAAGAAUGUCUCGAUUUAAAUACCAACCCGGAAAAGAAACUCGAUUUCAAGUUACAUGCAGCACCGAUAAUGGGGUUAUUCUGGGUUCCUGGAAAUGACGAUAGAAGUAUACUUUUGUGCAUAUCGAUGGAAGGAAUCUUGAACAUAUGGGAUGCAGGAAAUUCUACAAAUUUGAAAAGUUCUGAAUUGUUUGCAAAUGAUGCAAACUUUACUGAAGAUAUGAGGGAUAAUGUCACCAAGAAUGUGUUAAUAUUCAAUGCUGUUUUAUCCCCCAAUGGUAAAUAUCUUGCAUUGGGUGACGAUUUUUGUCGAGUAUCAAUAUGGGAAAUUGAUUUUGAAAACUCUGAGGAAGCCAAAGACCUUGUCAAAUGUGUUGCAAUUUACAAACCAGAGAUCAACUUGGAAGAUGAACAGAAAAAUUCUGUGGGUAUUUGUGAUCUUAAAUGGGAUUAUAAAUCAAAAUCGGUUUCAGCUUCAUAUUAUGGAAUUGAUAGUGUAAUUGUGGAAGCUGUUGAUGAUAGCAAAACAUCAUAA